AAAACCGCCUGAAACCAGAAUGCCCUGCGUCAUCGCGUAGCAUCCCCCUGUGCGAUUUUCUGCGUGUUGACCUCAUGAGCCGUCACUCGGAACCGGGGAGCUCUGGGAAGAUGCUGAAUUCAAGAAAAUUGAUGCGUGUUGAAGAUCUACCUUGCUGUGAAGAUGAGAAAAUGGUUCCGGUACUAACGUCAAAAAGAGCAAGUGAACUCCCAGUGAACGAAGUAGCCUGCAUUUUACAGGCUGAUCUGCAGUAUGGUUUGAGUCACAGUGAGGUUUCCCAUCGACGUGCGUACCAUGGCUGGAAUGAAUUUGAUAUUGGCGAAGAAGAGCCCCUGUGGAAGAAGUACAUUUCACAGUUUAAAAACCCUCUCAUUCUGCUUUUGCUGGCGUCCGCUGUAAUCAGUGUGCUAAUGCAUCAGAUUGAUGAUGCUGUCAGCAUCGCUGUGGCCAUUGUUAUCGUUGUAACGGUUGCCUUUGUACAGGAAUAUCGCUCUGAAAAGUCUCUUGAAGAACUGGGCAAGCUAGUGCCUCCAGAAUGUCACUGUGUGAGGGAAGGGAAUCUAGAACACAUGCUUGCACAGCAGUUGGUUCCUGGAGAUACAGUUUGCCUGUCCGUUGGAGAAAGAGUUCCUGCAGAUUUACGGCUGUUUGAGGCUGUUGAUCUAUCUGUUGAUGAGUCAAGUCUGACGGGAGAAACGACCGCUUCAUCAAAAUGUACUGCUCCUCAGCCUGCUGCAACCAAUGGAGACAUCACCACAAGAAGCAAUAUUGCCUUUAUGGGAACCUUGGUUAGAUGUGGAAAAGCAAAGGGAAUAGUUAUUGGAACAGGGGAAAACUCUGAAUUCGGGGAGGUUUUCAAGAUGAUGCAAGCUGAGGAGGCACCCAAAACCCCUUUACAGAAAAGCAUGGAUUUGCUUGGAAAACAGCUCUCCCUGUAUUCCUUUGGCAUCAUAGGUGUCAUUAUGCUUGUUGGUUGGAUGCAAGGAAAGCAUAUACUUGAUAUGUUUACAAUUGGUGUAAGCUUGGCUGUAGCCGCCAUUCCCGAAGGCUUGCCCAUUGUGGUGACGGUGACAUUGGCUCUCGGAGUAAUGCGAAUGGUGCAGAAGAAUGCUAUUGUAAAGAAACUACCAAUAGUGGAAACAUUAAGCUGCUGCAAUGUAAUUUGUUCUGACAAAACUGGGACACUGACCAAGAAUGAAAUGACUGUCACUCAUAUAUUUACAUCGGAUGGCCUCCAUGCUGAGGUUACAGGAGUUGGAUACAAUGGUUCAGGAGAGGUGAUAUCCGAUGGUGAAGUGGUACAUGGCUUCUCCAGUUCAUCUAUAUGUAAAGUAGUGGAGGCGGGGUGUAUUUGUAAUGAUGCCGUUAUUAGAAAUAAUACAUUAAUGGGAAGGCCUACAGAGGGAGCUUUAAUUGCUCUUGCAAUGAAGAUGGGAUUAGAUGGUGUUCAGCAUGAACACAUUAGGCGGGCUGAACACCCCUUCAGCUCAGAGCAAAAGUGGAUGGCUGUAAAGUGUGUUCACCGAACCCAGCAGGAUAAGCCUGAGACAUACUUUAUGAAGGGCGCCUAUGAACAAGUAAUACACUGUUGCACAACCUAUAAUAGCAAGGGACUGACCCUGCCACUUACCCAACAACAGAGGGAACUGUAUCGGCAAGAAAAGACAUACAUGGGAUCUGCAGGACUGCGAGUACUUGCCUUUGCUUCUGGUCCGGAGAUUGGCCAGCUUACCUUCCUGGGUCUGGUGGGAAUUAUAGAUCCUCCAAGGACAGGGGUGAGAGAGGCUGUAGCUACACUGAUUGCCUCAGGGGUUGCCAUCAAAAUGAUAACUGGAGAUUCCCAAGAGACUGCUGUUUCCAUUGCUAGCCGAUUGGGUUUGUAUUCUAAAGGAUCUCAGUCAAUUUCCGGAGAAGAGGUUGACCAGAUGGAUGUUCAUCAGCUGUCACAUGUAAUUCCACGGACAGCUGUGUUUUACCGAGCCAGCCCGAGGCACAAAUUGAAGAUUGUGAAGUCUUUGCAGAACAUUGGUUAUGUGGUGGCAAUGACGGGCGAUGGAGUGAAUGAUGCUGUAGCACUGAAAGCUGCUGACAUAGGAGUGGCAAUGGGGCAGACUGGCACUGAUGUGUGCAAAGAAGCUGCUGAUAUGAUUCUGGUUGACGAUGAUUUUCGGACAAUCUUGUCUGCCAUUGAAGAAGGAAAAGGAAUUUACAAUAACAUCAAGAACUUUGUUAGAUUCCAGCUCAGCACGAGCAUUGCAGCACUGACUUUAAUUUCAUUGGCUACUUUGAUGAAUUUUCCUAAUCCUCUAAAUGCAAUGCAGAUUUUAUGGAUUAAUAUUAUAAUGGAUGGACCUCCAGCUCAAAGUUUGGGCGUUGAACCUGUUGAUAAUGAUGUAAUACGGAAACCUCCAAGAAAUGUAAAAGAUAGCAUUCUCACCAAGAACCUGCUAGUGAAAAUUUUGGUUUCAUCACUUGUCAUUGUAUGCGGGACACUGUUUGUAUUCUGGAGAGAGUUGCGUGACAAUGUCAUAACACCCAGAGACACAACCAUGACCUUCACCUGCUUUGUGUUUUUUGAUAUGUUUAAUGCACUAAGCUCAAGAUCACAGACAAGAUAUAUAUUUGAGAUGGGCCUGUGCAGUAACAAAAUGUUUUGUUAUGCAGUACUUGGAUCCCUAAUGGGACAGCUGCUUGUCAUUUACUUUCCACCACUGCAGAGAGUUUUCCAGACUGAGAGCCUCAGCAUGUUUGAUUUACUUUUUCUGAUUGGACUAACCUCUUCAGUAUGCAUUGUCUCUGAGACUAUAAAGAUGAUAGAAAGAAUGAGUGAUCGAAAACCGAAGCAUGAAACCUCAUUUCACGAAGUAUGAUGCAUAUUGCGUCACGAGUAAAGCAAUAUGCGCCAUCUGAAGAAAAAAAAUAUGAAGAACUGAAGAAAACCCAGUGAAAUUGACAGCAAGCUUGCUUACCAUUAGGAAUUAUAUUUGUGAUUUUGUUGGGGUUUUUAUUUUUAUUUUAAUAAUUUCCUAACCAUAAAUCUACAGGGAAGGCACUAGCACUAAAUACAGUUGUAGUCAAAAGUUUACUUUCCCCAAUGGAAAUUUUAUAAUUUUCUAGAAACUUCUCAAACGUUUUAGGAAAAAUCUUUUGGAGCAAAAGUUUUGCUUUUGUGGAUGAGGAAAUAGUUAUAAGAAAUAGAUGUCUACAAUUAUUUAUUUCAGCAAUUUUUUUGCAAAACUCCAAAAAUGCUAGUUCAAAAGUAUUGAUACCCCUUGAUGCUAUGAUAGUAUUGUCUACAAGGUGCUAGAAUUUUCAAUAUGAUAAUGCAGAACCUAAUUCUAGAAAAGUCUAGAAAAUGCUGGACAUUGUAGGUGAACAUUCUUAGAGAGUAUAAAAGGUUUAGGCAUAGGAUGAUUGCUGUCAUUACCAAUAAGUCAAUAUGGGAAAAAGUAAAGAGCUAUCUGAAGACCUUAGGCAGAACAUUAUUUAUUGUCAUAAAGCUGGAGAAGGAUACAAGAAGAUUUCCAAGCAUUUGAUUAUCCCAAUUUCAACUAUUGUUUCUAUUAUCAAGAACUACAAGACUUAUGGUACUGUCACAACGCUCCCUUGGUCUGGAAGAAAGAAGGUUAUUUUACCAAGAAGAAGUAGAAGAAUUGUGAGGAAGGUUAAUAACAAUCUGAGAUUGACUGCUAAAGCUAUUCAAAGUGAAUUGGCUGCAAGUGGGACUGGGGCUUCCAUUUCAACCAUAGGUUAAGUAUUGCAUGGCGAAGGCCUGGUGAAGGAAAAAGCCAUGAUUAGCAAAACUUUUGCUACAAAAGAUUUUUCCUAAAAAUCUUUGUUUUUGAGAAAUUUCUAGAAAUUAUACAUUUCCAUUUUGACUACAACUUUUGACUACAACUGUAUGAGGCAACAUAUUUUUUCCUUCAAGAUUUGGUUUGCUGAUUUCGGUUUAAGACUGUAUCCUCUUUCUGAGGUGUCAUCUUUUUUCAAUUGUUUUUUUUUAACCUUAACAUUUUGGUGGUAGAUUUUAAAGGAACAGUAUGGUUGUGACUUGUAGGCAUUCCAUUUGCUCCUAUUUGAGUAAUGUAUAUAUAUAUAUAUAUAUACCGACCAUCAAAAGAAACUUAUCACUAUUAUAACACAUAUAUUUUCGAAAAUAAAAUGAGGUAUAUAAAUGAUGGACAUUGACAAAAUGUUUUUGGUUUCUUUUUAAUUACUCGAUCAUUCAUCCUUGACCAUGACACGCUUGAGUGACUAUGACUGAACCAUAUGCACUUAAUCACCUAAUUAGUGAGGCAGUUGAUUAGACACUGGAUAUGGAGUGAUUUCAGCUGUUGAAUUGCAAGCUUGAAUAAAAGCAAUAAAGAAAAUCACAGAAAAAAAACAAUAUGUCACGUCUGUCAAGAGAGUAGCACCUUUGUGCAAUCGGCAUGUUGGAGGCUGGACCAGGACAGCGUACUGUGGCUCGCCGUCUUGGGUGCUCACAGCCAGCAAUUUCAAACCUGGCGAGACGGUAUAACCAGACACACUCUGUCAAUAACAGGCCACGAACUGGGAGACCAAGAGUCACAACACCUGCCCAAGAUCGACAAAUCAUUUUGCAGCAUCUUCAUGAUGUCAAUUGUUAAUCAGCACAAUAAAAAGUCACUGCACCUGCUCUAAAACAGAGUUUGUCAUUUUUCGAUCACAUCUAGUGAAUUUUAUCCAAAUAUAAGUGAUAAGUUUCUUUUAAUGCUCAGUAUAUAUAAUAUUGUAGCCACAAUAUUUAAUUUAUUUGACUAUUUUGUAUACAAAUUUGAGGCGGUGACCAUUGCUGAAUCAUGUAUUUUUUGUGAUUUUAAGCCUUUUUUGAAAAUAUGAACAUUGUAUGUUUGUGUGUUAUAUAUUGAGUAAGUAUGACUGUAUGAUUUGGUGUUAAAUGAAUGUAUUCCAUGCUGCUUGGCCACAUGCUGAAUGUGUACAUAUACUAGGAUCAGUUAAUUAGUAUAUUAAUUUAUUGCAAAUGAAAUACUACCCCUGCUCGUACGGAAAGCUCUUAAUCGGUUUGGGGGUGAUAUUUUCACUAAGUAUCUGUUCCCAGUAAAAAAAAAAAAAAAAAAGUGUUAUGUAUUGUUCAAGCAUGAGCCAGCCUGAAGCCCCCUCUUCCCCCUUCCCCCUCUUUCUCACCAGAUGGUCGAGAUUUAAUUUUAGUACAAAUAAGAAGUAAAAAUAAAUCUGAAAGUAUUUAAAUUAAAGUAUUUCAUUUCAAGUUAGCAUUGAUAUCACCCUCAUUGACAGGUCAAACAAGUACAGCUCUCACUUGGGCCUUUUUUUGCUUUUAAAAGACAAAAACAAUGACUUUCAAAGUGCUGAUUUGUGUUUUUAUUUAUUUAUUUAUUUAUUUAUUUAUUUAUUUAUUUUAUUUUAUUUUUUUGGUGCACAGCUGAUACCAUUACUCUGACAACACUGUUUAAAAAUAAUAUGUAUAUUAAAUUUUGUAUAAACCUU